UACCCUACUCGGGGAAUUAGAAGCCUCUGGAUAGCACUUCAGUUUUGGGGCGGGGGUGAUAGACCUGAACUCUGACAGACAUCAUUUGGAAAUUCAAUGUAGGCUAAGCGAUACAGAGGAUAGUUGCGUGAAGUGCAUUUUCCCGUGGAUAACACCCAGCGCAUCGAUAACUGCGCGAGCAGGUAAGGGGGUGCCAUGCCAGCUCCUGCUCCCCCGUCGCCUCCCCCCCUCGCCAUCUGGUGGAGGCCCCUCUCUCUGCUCCUGCUCCCGCUGCUGCUGCUGCUGCUGCUGUCGCCCCCGACGACCACGGCCGCACCUGAUCCCGCCCCUGCCUCCUCCUCCUCCUCCUCUUCCUCCUCCCCCUCCUCCUCCCCCGGCGGUCCGUCGGCCCUCCAGACCCGCUCGGCCACCCUCAACGCCGGCGCGCCCCUCAACCACCUGCUGCUGGACCGCCGCUCGGGCCAGGUGUACGUGGGCGGCGUCAACGCCCUGUACCACCUGUCGGCCGACCUGCGGCCGCUCUCCCAGGGCCAGACCGGCCCGCGGCUGGACAGCCCCGACUGCCUGCCGCCCAUCGACCCCAAGGACUGCACGCAGGCGCGCCAGACCAACAACGCCAACCAGAUCCUGCUGCUGCAGGACGGCGAGGACGAGCCGCUCGAGGAGGAGGAGACAGUAGGGGGCGACGCGGAGCGGCGAACGCGCUGGCGCAGCCUGAUCGUGUGCGGCACGGCGCUGCAGGGCAUCUGCGAGAAGCGCAGCCUGGCGGACGUGGGCCGCGUGCUCUACAACACCUCCAACCCCGUGGACACGCAGUACGUGGCGGCCAACGACCCGCGCGUCUCCACCGUGGGCGUCCUCGUCCAGCCGCCGCCGUCGCCGUCGCAGCCCCAGCAGCACGGCCCGGCGCCCCUCAUGCUGGUGGGCCGCGGGUACACGAGCAAAGGGCCCGGCGGCAUCCCGCCCAUCACCACGCGCCGCCUGCUGCCCAGCCCGCACCACUCCAUCCCGGCCUUCUCGCACGAGGAGCUGGGCAAGCUGGUGGUGGGCACCUAUUCCGAGUACAACAACCACUUUGUGGCGGCGCUGCGCCACGAGCGCCACGUCUACUUCCUGCUGUCGCGCCGCGACGUCUGGGGCUCCAAGGAGUACCGCACGUACGUGUCGCGCCUCUGCACCGACGACCCCAGCUUCUACUCCUACGUGGAGCUGCCGCUGGCCUGCGCCGGCGGCUACAACCUCGCGCAGGCCGCCGCCCUGGGCGCGCGCCGCGGACGCCCGGCGCUCUUCGUGGCCAUGGCGGCCGGCCAGGCGUCCACCCCCAUCCCCACCGGCCGCUCGGCGCUGUGCGUCUACGACAUGGAGCGGCUGGACAGGGCCCUGAAGACGGCGCAGGAGCUGUGCUACACCCAGGAGGGCCGCGGCCCCACCAACCAGGAGGAGGCCUACAUCGAGUACGAGGUGUCCUCCAAGUGCCUGCGUCUGGCCCAGUCCUCAGUGACCGAGUACCCCUGUGGGGGGGAACACACCCCCAGCCCCAUUGCCAGCGCUGUGCCCCUGGUUGCUGACCCCGCCCUGACCCGCAACACCCAACUCACUGCUGUCGCUACGGCUACCGAGGCCGGACACACCAUCGCUCUGCUCGGAGACAAGGCGGGGCGCCUGCAUAAGGUGUUCCUGCAGGCGAACGGCACGGGUACCCUUUACGACUCGGUGACUGUGGACGAGAGGAGCACCAUCAACGCUGACCUCCUGCUGGACUCGGCUGGACAGAGCAUCUAUGUCCUGACGGAGAGAAAAGUCACCAGGCUGCCGGUGGCGCAGUGCUCCCGCCACACAGACUGCCAGUCCUGUCUGUCCGUCAGAGAUCCCUACUGCGGCUGGUGUGUGCUGGAGGGCAGGUGUUCCCGUAAGCUGGAGUGCCAGCGCCACUCCCAGUCCAACCACUGGCUGUGGAGCUACCACCAAGGCCAGCAGUGCGUGUCCGUGCAGAGUCUGGUGCCGUCCAGCCAGAGUCGAGAGGAACAGACGCAGGUGUCUUUCACUGUGGCCCAGCUCCCCAUGCUGUCAGGAGAUGAGUCGCUCGCCUGCUCUUUUGGAGGCCUUCCCUCCCAGUCUGCCGUUGUCAUGGAGAACAGGAUCACCUGUCAGUCACCCAAACCGGAGCUCCUCCCCCCAAGCCCUCCAGGCAGCGAUCACAUGGCUCUCAGAGUGUCCCUGAUGUUUGGCGACGUGACCAUCGCACACACAAACCUCACCUUCUAUGACUGCAGAGCCGUGGGUCGGCUCAAUGCCACCUCCCCGUGUAUGGCGUGUGUGGGAAGCAGGUGGCCGUGUCACUGGUGUGCCCUGGAUGAGGUGUGCACUCACCAGAGGAGCUGCCCACGCCAGCCCAUCAUAUACAACGCUGGGGAGGAUUCCUCUCCGCGGGGUAUGGACUCGUGUCCGUGUGUGUGGGCUCUUCAAGGCUCUUCUCUGGUGCCAGUGGGCUUUGAUAAGGAGCUCUACCUGCUGGGGAAGAACCUGGACAUGUUUGAGGACGAGGAGGAUUACAUGUGCGUGGUGGAGAUCGAGGGCAGGUCGCUGAUGCUGCCCGCCACACUCAUCCGAGGGGAGAAGCAGAUGCACACCUUUAAGUGCUCGGCUCAGCAGUAUCAGUACUCCGCGCAGCAGUUGGAGUACUCGGCUCCUGUGUACUUGCGGAGGGGGAAGCGGCGCAUCGACUCUGCACCCAGCAUACGGCUCCAACUCUACAACUGUUCGGUGGGCCAGGCGGACUGCAGCCAGUGUCGAGCGGUGGCCCCGGCGUACAGGUGUGUGUGGUGCGGAGGUGAGCGCCCGGGGUGCGUGUACAGCGACGCCUGCACCGACAGUCACGAGGACAGCUGCCCGCCCCCCCUCAUCACCAAGAUCCAGCCCACCACGGGGCCUCUGGAGGGGGGCAUCCACGUGACCAUCUGGGGGUCCAACCUGGGCCAGCGCUUCGAGGACAUCCAGCACGGCGUGACGGUGGCUGGGGUGAGGUGUGAACCGCUGCCUAAGGGCUACCUCAUAUCCACCAGGAUUGUGUGUGAGCUGCAACCCAGCAGACAGAUUAAAGGACCUGUCGUGAUCACUGUGGGAGAUUCUCCACCAGGACGGUCACUGCAGUCAUUCACUUAUCAAGAUCCUCAGCUGAUGGGCAUUGAGCCCGAUAAGGGCCCAGUGUCCGGUGGCACACGUCUGACCAUAAAGGGCUCCCACCUGCUGACUGGACAGAGGAGUGACCUGAAGGCCUUCAUCGGACAGCAGCCCUGUUACAUAGUGGAAGAGGUCAAUGACACCCAGCUAGUGUGCCGCACCAGCCGUGCUAACCACACCUCCGAGCUCACGGUCCGCGUUCUGUUCGGCAAGGCGGAGAGGACGGUGGGAAACGCGGUCUUCCGCUAUUUACAGGACCCCAUCAUUACGGACGCUUCCCCCGCCGAGAGCUUCUACGGGGGCGGACGGGAGAUCACAGUGAGAGGGGAGAACUUUGACAUCAUCCAGCAGCCAAUGAUGUCCAUGUGGGUGGAGCCAGUGGGGAACUUCCUGGUGCGGAGGAGGCGACACAUGUCUCCCAGCGGACCCCAUGUGGCCUUCAACAGUAGCAUGAUAAAGAAACAGGAGCGCUGUGAGGACGUGAUCUCAGACCGGAUGACCUGCCUGACCCCAGCCGUUCCUAUCGACUGGAGGGUGGUGAGCGCAUGGUUCGAGCUGGACAACCUGCAGGUGGACUUUGAGAGCAUCACAGGGAAGAAGUUCACCUACCACCCUGACCCAGAGCUCCACGCCCUCAACUUUCACACCCCUGACACUCCCUACCGAUUCAAACCGGGGGCGGUGAUUGCUGUAGAGGGUAAAGACCUGAUGCUGGCCAUGACCCGUGAAGAGGUGGUGGCCAAGCUGGGGGACCAGCUGUGUGAGGUGAAGACUCUGGACAGCACACACCUGUACUGCGAACCACCCGAGGAGCAGCCACUCAGCACAGACCCAGAGUCAGAGUUACCCAGUCUCCAUGUUUGGAUGGGGAAUCUGAGGUUUGACCUGGGCCCAGUGCAGUACGACACAGAUGACCCGUCCCCCGUGCCCCUAGCGGCCCAGGUGGGCCUGGCAGCCAGCGCUGCUGUGGUGGUGCUCAUCGUGCUGGUCAUCAUCCUCAUGUACAGGAGGAAGAGCAAGCAGGCCCUGCGAGACUACAAGAAGGUUCUGGUCCAGUUGGAGACGCUGGAGAUCAACGUCGGCGAUCAGUGCCGGAAGGAGUUCACAGACCUGAUGACGGAGAUGAUGGACCUGAGCAGUGACGUGGGGGGGCCGGGAAUCCCCCUGCUGGACUACCGCAUGUAUGCCGAGCGCAUCUUCUUCCCCGGCCAGAAGGGGGCGCCCCUGAGCCAGAACCUGGACCUGCCCGACUCGCGGCGGCAGACGGUGGAGCAGGGCCUGGCCCAGCUCAACAACCUGCUCAACAACAGGCUCUUCCUCACCCGGUUCAUCCACACGCUGGAGGCCCAGCAGAGCUUCUCUCAGCGCGACCGCGGCUACGUGGCCUCGCUGCUCACCAUGGCGUUGCACGACAAGCUGGAGUACUUCACCGACGUCAUGAAGACGCUGCUGGGCGACCUGGUGCAGCAGUACGUGGACAAGAACCCCAAGCUCAUGCUGCGCAGGACGGAGACCGUGGUGGAGAAGAUGCUGACCAACUGGAUGUCCAUUUGCCUCUACUCCUUCCUCAAGGAGGUGGCCGGAGAGCCUCUCUACAUGCUGUACAGGGCCAUUAAGUACCAGGUGGACAAAGGGCCGGUGGAUGUGGUGACAGGCAAAGCCAAACGCACACUAAAUGACAGCCAUCUCCUGAGGGAGGACAUCGACUACACUUCCAUGACUCUGACGGUGAUGGUGAAGAGUGGGGUCGAGGUGCAGCCCUGCCCGGUGAAGGUGUUGGACCUCGACACCAUCACCCAGGUGAAGGACAAGAUCCUGGACCAGCUCUACAAAGGGAUGCCCUACUCACAGAGACCCCAAGCAGACUCCCUGGAUCUGGAAUGGAGGGCCGGGCAGGCGGGUCACUUGACCCUGUCAGACGAUGAUGUGACCGCCGUCAUUCAGGGCCGAUGGAAGAGGAUCAACACCCUGCAGCACUACAAGGUCCCAGAUUUAGCCACAGUAGCACUCAUCCCUCGCUCUCAGAGCUCCGUUGUCAUGGGCAUCAAUCAGGUCUACCAGACUGGGGAAAAGACCCCCAUGCUGGAGGGGGAGGAGGAGGAGGGCCAGCGGCUGUGGCACCUGGUCAAGUCCAGCGAGGACCCCGAGAUCCCCAAACACCGCAAGAGCAGCAUGAGGGAGAGAGAGAGGGCCAAAGCCAUCCCCGAGAUCUACCUCACACGCCUGCUCUCCAUGAAGGGCACCCUGCAGAAGUUUGUGGACGAUGUGUUUGUGGCCAUCCUCAGCACCAAGCGGCCACCGCCUAUCGCCGUCAGGUUCUUCUUCGACUUCCUGGACGACAUGGCAGAGAAGCACGGCAUCGACGACCCAGAGACGGUUCAUAUCUGGAAAACGAACAGCCUGCCUCUGAGGUUCUGGGUUAACAUCCUGAAGAACCCGCAGUUUGUGUUUGACGUGCAGGUCACCGACAGCGUGGACGCUGUGCUGUCCGUCAUUGCGCAGACCUUCAUCGACUCCUGCACUACUUCCGAGCACAAAGUGGGACGGGACUCUCCAGUGAAUAAGCUGCUGUACGCCAGGGAGAUUCCCAGGUACAAGCAGCUGGUGGAGAGGUAUUACAGUGACAUUCACAGUUCUGGGUCAGGCUGCUACCAGGAGAUGAACUCUACGCUCACUGAGCUAUCAGGAAGCUUUGCGUCUGAAAUGAACAAUCUGGUGGCCCUGCACGAGCUCUACAAGUACAUCAACAAGUACUACGACCAGAUUAUCAUGUCGCUGGAGGAGGACGCAGCAGGACAGAAGAUGCAGUUGGCCUACCGGCUCCAGCAGGUCGCUGCGCUGGUGGAGAACAAAGUCACUGACCUGUGACACCCCCCCCCACCCUCAGAUGACCUUUGAACCUUGACUCUUAAACUUAAAACACUCGUGUCUGAACUGACGGAGUGGUUGACCCUGGGUAGGACCGGGAAGAUAAAGUCUGACCAAUGAACUGCCUGUCGAGCAAAAAAAGAAAUCCAAUCAACGGGCAAAAAAGCCAGCAGUUGAACCAAAACCAAAACUCCAAGCUUCUCGCCGCCUCCCGCCCAGACACGUGAUGCGCCUCUCGGCUCCAGGAUCUGUUCGGAGUGACGAGAGGGGAGGAAAAGGGAACGACGUGCAAAUACUGGGAAUAACAAAAAGAAAUGGACAAGACGUGGGAGCUGUACUAGAAGGACCAUUACAAUCCCACAGAGAUGCUCUGUGCUACUCUAUCUAUUGUGUGUCUUUUGCUUUGUGUUGCUUCAUUUAAAGUGUGUGUUGUUGUUUUUUUAUUAUCAGGAGAGUAUGUAUGUGUAAGGUGAGCUUGGCUAAUUCUUCCAUAAAUUAAUAUAUUGGAUAAAUGAAUAGUAGGGGUGGGGCGGGGGAGGCGUUAAGUAUUUAUUUGUGGUUGAAUACUCCCUCAUAAGCUCAAAUGAUGUGUUGCAGCCGAGGCAGGCUGGAGCGCGGCUACUGAUAUGUAAGGUGCCAAUGGCAAGUGGUGUUCAAGCAUAUAUGCCACUAAAAGAGCCAGUAUCUUACAUUUUAAAGAUGAAUAUCUUUUUAAACAGCUAUAUUCCUCAUCAUCUGAUGUGAAAGUUUGCUCUUUCCCUUGCAAUUGUCCCUUGAAUUCUGUGAAAAGCCAGCAUGGUUUCCCUAUGUACUUAAGACGGAGUUAUACACAUACAGUACCUUUGGAGAUAUUCAGAUUUAGAGUUGCCUCCGGAGUCUGACUUAUCAAAGACACCUCUAACCAGCCAUCGCCAUGGUAACUGAGCGCAAGUGCCAAAACAAGUGUUGUUUCCUCAUAUAGAUCACACUCUUUUUAAAAAAUACAAACAAGGAGGGUGUGUGUGUGUGUGUGUGUGUGAGUGGAUGUAUUUGUGCUUGUUUGUGUGGGUGUGUGCAUGUGUCAGGAGCCAUUCAAAUAGCAUUUCAUUGUCGAAAGGGGACAUAGCUCUUGUGGGGCCACAGGAUAAAGACUACUGAAGGAAGGUCUUUGCUAGAACUCUGACUGAGCUUAGAAUAACGUUGUACACUUCUGUCCGUAAAGCACCAUCUCCAAUGUGUUGCUCUGUAGUUUGCAAUCAGAAGCACUCCCAAAGCACAUUGGCCUUAGAGAAACAUUUGAGAUGACAAAGCACAAAGGAAUAGCAAUAAUUGUUUAGCAAAAAAACUAGGGAGACCCAAAUGAGAAUAUGGACUGUUUGGGCUUUGGGUGUUAAUUGAAUUUGGCAUAUCCAGGUGUCACUGGAGAGUAGGUUCUAAUGGAGUAGUGGUGAUCUUAUCAACUGAUGUUCAUCACAGUGAUGAUUUGAUUUUUUUUUUUUUUUUUCAUGAAAUCCAGUAAUGUGACUGGACAUGAAGCAGAGCUGACACUGAACACAAACUAACUUAUUUCCUGUAAAUAGGUCUUAUUUAUACAUAACCAAAAUGUGCCUUCUUUUUAACAUUUUUAACAACUACCAAGUAAAAAGUAUGAAAGCUUGACAUUUGCCAAAUGGGUAGAGAAAACAAACGCAGCGUGAGGAAGCAAGGAAGAAGCGCCUGCCAUUUCUUCUUUCUCUUUUUGGCUGCAUUUGUGAAGCGGAAGGCAAGAGCUGUCUGACGCGACACGCUUCUCCAAGGGUCCCUCGACGUCUGGAUUUGAAGGUGUUGAUUAGGCAUCUGGUCGAGGCAUCUGCCUCCUGAUCACAGCUUCAUUUCCUUCCCGUCUCAGUAUUGUUUCAGUGUUCACUGUAUUCACAAGAACGGAGCUGUCCGAGUCUCCAAACGCUUUUUUCAGGAUCACACUCAUGUUCAACUUGGUUCUUGUUCUAGGUGGUGGUGAUGAUACUAGUGUAUAGAGAUUAUUUUAGUAUUCACCAUUGAAUUGUAAACCUUUUGUGUAGUUUUUUUUUUGUUUUUUGUUGUUAUUGUUGUUUUUCUUUACCUUUAGCACUUUGUGUUUACAUUUUUGGUAAUCCUACCCCAUUAUAUACAUAUAUCUAUACAACUUCUUGAUGGUGUAUGUGACUUGAGUGAUCUUAAGGCCCCACGGCCUGUAUUGGUGUAACCUAUGUGUAAGUAGGCCAACAGGAACAUGAAAUCGCUGGUCAUGGCUCACUUUUUCACAGGAACUGGACAGAUGGCACAAGGUAAAAACUGCUGCGAGCUCCACAAAGCCUUGUGUGUUCCGCUGUCCAACUUGUUGUGUAUUUGCCUCUGUAUUUUGGCACAGCUAAAUUGUUCCGUUCAGGACGUUUUAUCUUGACUUUACAGCGCAGUUCAUUGCAUAACGAACUGGCCUUCAGACUUGUGGCACAGCAAUCUUGUGGGAAACGCAUCGCUCGUGUGUGCUUCUGUUUGUUCAGCUGUUUAAAAUCGAUGUCUAGCUCCUUUGGUGUAGUCUUAAUUACUGUAAUGUAGCAUAGCAAGUGCAUGCCUGUGAUUUGAUUGACUCAUUGGCUUCAAUAUAGCUGCUGUGUUUCUGAGCGCAUGAUGCUUGUGUCUCACAAGUUUUGCUGAGAGUGCGUAUGUGUGUGUGUGUGUGUGUGUGUGUGUGUGUGUGUGUGUGAUGUAUGUAAAAACCUCUUGUGCAUGACGGUGAAGCUUUUGGCAAACCUGUUUACUGACAAAUAUGUCUGAACAAUACUAUGUGCUCAGCAAUGAAUACCUUCUUUUAAGGCAUCCUGUAUCCUUGAUAUUCAUCCUGCAACCUGCACAGUUCUUUGAAGUUUAAUAUUCAAUAUAUCUGCCCUAAUGGACAAUUUUUUAUUAUUAUUAUUCUGUAACAUUUACAUAUGAAGUAACCUAAAACCUCUUGCCAAAUGCACACAUUUGACAAGGGAAAGGUCUGAAAUGUAAGGGGAUUUCAUAAAGUAAGCAGAACUAAAGGAAAAGUCAAGUGAGACCAUAGUCUUGUUUUACUCUUUUGUAUUUUCAUUGUGUAUAGUUUGCUAACAAUUAUGUAUAUGUGCCUGUAAAUAUUGUCCAGAGAAACAGUUUUUUUCCUUCUCAGAUAGAUUUACUCUCAAUUGAAGAGACAUUGGGAGCCAAAAUGAAGAAAUGAAAUGAAAUGGAAAUUUGUAUGGGGAAAAUAAAGAUAUAAU